GACGGCAGCAGAUCCGCUGUGUAAACCGAGCUCCGUCAAGUGCGCUCGUGCUGCUCGGCGGAUGAUGUGGUGAUUGUUUUUGAGAGAAUCUGAGUAGCUAGCGAUCAUAAGUUCACGUCUUCACGUUAGUCUUCAUCCACAAGCGAUCGCUUUAAAGUCAUGUCGCGCUCAAAACAAGGCACCGGAUGGAUUUUGCUGAUGGUGGCUGCAUUUGCUGGGGCCUGUGUCCCAAAUGGCCUGGACUUGAAGCUGUUGAAGGCAUUGACGACUGAUUUGAGCAAGAACCAGGCUAUUGCUCCGUUCGUCAUGUCCUCGCUGAUGACACAGGUCUGGCUCGGAGCCAGAGGCGACACCAGGGAUGAGGUACAACGACAACCGGAUGCCAGCUUUUUAACAAGUUACCAAAGUGCCAUCAGCGAUCUCACCGACGGUUCCAGUAACGUCACUACCGGCGUCUUUAAUCGGAUAUACAUCAAACAUGGCUUCAGCAUCAAGUCGGGAUUUAAGGAUCUGUUGCAAAAUCACUACUUCGCGGGCGUGAAGAAGUUUUCAUCGGCGGCGCAGGCGGCGAAGGAAAUAAACUCCGAUGUGGCUACGGUAACACGAGACCGCAUCAAGAAACUUGUCUCACCGAGUACUCUGCAAAACGCCGUCAUGGUCCUGGUCAGUGCCUUGUACUUCAAGGGCUUGUGGCUGACUCCGUUCGACAUGACCGUGAAAGGACCGUUUCUCACGGCAUCAGGGAACAAGCAGGUCGACAUGAUGAAGCUUAGAACCCGAGUGCCGUAUGUAAAGAUGCCUCAUUUUGAUGCCAUCUCCCUGCCGUACACGGACAAAAACUAUGUUAUGCUGAUCUUGCGUCCACUGACACGUAACAUGGCUGCCGUUUCCCGUCUGAGGGAUUCUCUGGACUCCCUCGAUGUCAGCGAUAUCAUGAAGCGUUUGCGCGCAUCAUCCGUUCAGAUAAGUAUGCCUCGAUUCAAGAUAAGAACAGAGUACGGACUGGCGGGAACCAUGUCACAGUUGGGAAUUCGCAAAAUCUUUACGUCCCGGGCAGAUCUGGGUAACAUUGCCGAUGAGCCGCUAGCUGUUGACGGCAUUAUCCACAAGGUGUUCAUGGAGGUGACAGAGAAUGGUACCGAAGCUGCAGGAGCAGCAGCCAUUACUUUCGUGAUCACAAGCGUACAGCCUCUACCCAUUCAGUUCACCGCAGAUCGUCCCAUCUUUGUCAUUGUCUGGAACAAGAAACACAUGAUCAACUUGUUCUCUGCGUACAUAGGUUCACCAAACGUGAAUGGCUAAGAUCAUGCACGCUAUUCUGAGACCAGGCGUGGGACCCACACUGAAUAGCGUUGGUCGCAUUAAGCAUGCUGUAAGUGCAGUUCAUGUGGCGGCAGCUCCUAUCAUGGCCGGGUGCGACCGACAAAGCUGAUGUCACACAGUCUGGAAUAAACGGGUGGAAGGCUGGGAUCCUUUCGUGACGAAGCUCUUCUGUCCUUUAUGCGUCACCUUACCACUACUGUUGGGGCAAAUAUAGGGAAGUGCUUGCCGUUUGCAAGCAUUCUCCUAACUCAUCGUUUGUGUUGAGCACCUUUCGUCCUCUGCACCACUGUUAAAGAGAAUGCCACCAUCUUUGUGCUUUUUAUUCUUGGAUUUUCAUUGGAGUGUGUGGGCGAUCUGUGGGUAAGGCAACCUGCACUAAUUUGGGCAAUCUGGUGCCUUAGAAAUAUACGCUUCUGCG